AGCGAGAUCGACAACAUUAUCAACUCCGUGAAGAACCACACUCUGCCCGACGUGCAAGCUCUGUUCAAGAAAGAGUUGCAUUUCAACCUGAAGGCGAGUGACGUUAGCGAGCGAGUGCUGCAAUAUUUCAUCUCCUGCGAGCGCAUAAUUGAAGAACACGGCCUGCAUGCCUGUUUUGAGUCGGAAACCGGGCGGAAAGAAAAAUGCAGUUUGCUGGUCAACUCGAUUACCCCGGAAGGAUUGAAGGAGGAGGUGAAAAACGCCUUGCGGUACCAAUCGCCUGGAGCCAAGACGGAUGAGUGCAAGUUGCACGAUGUGAUACUGGCCAAGGCACUUGAGCAGGACCGAGACUUUCGGCGAUCAAAG